AUGGGAUCCAUCCCUGCAAUGCUCUCAGAGUGCCUGAGUACUGCAUAUACGUACAUCCGCGUUCUCAGGAACCAUAGAGACCAGAUGGUCUAUACGACAGGUUUUGUGAAGAGGGAUGGUGAGUUUGGAUACUUUGCAGCUGUGGAGGCGGGAUUGUUUUUGUUAUUUUGGUACGCAGUACGAUUGAGAAAUCACAAACGAGAUGCCCAUCCUGGCAAGGUUCUUGUUAGUGUUGCUGAUGCGUUUGGGAAUGUCACCCGUGUUGAUUUGGGACCUGUGAAUUGCGAUUUUACUUGCCCCGUUUGUAAAGAAGGUGGCAUUAGACCCGGACAAGGAAUUAUUAAGCACACAGAUAGUCAUCUUACGAAUGCGAGUUGCACUGAAGGCACGAACAAUCAGUGCUUUAUAUGCGGAGUAUCUUUUAAAACGGCGCAAGAAUUAGACAAGCACUAUGGUGAUGACCAUUCCGAAUUUGAGAAGGCCUCAGUGGAUAAUGAGAAAUACGACAACAACAACGCCCGAGCCUGA